GUCACCGCCCAAAGUUCCACAUCCUUCGAUGGGUCAACAAAAGUUGAACUUCGCAUCGUCCCUCCUCUCCUUGGUCCUGUUCUUGAUCGUCGCUUUCCCUUCGCUGUCCGAUGAAACCCCAUCGCCGACCGCCUCUUCCAGUGUGCCUUCACCGACUCGCCAACAACAUCAACAGGAGUUCCGUGUCAAGAAUGGGCUCCCACCUUCAUUCCUGGGCAGAGGAUACCACAAGAAGAGGAAGGCUAUGAAGUGGAAACGCCCGGCCAAUGAUUUAAGGACGAGGCCGUUCUCAGUCAUGCUUCCCAAGGGUUUUGUCCCUCCUUCUGGUUCAUCCCCGUGCCACAACGAUGAUCCUGUCGCUUCAGUCGCGGUUUACUGUAGCCUCUCAACCACGAAAAGCUACCGAUCGAGGCCAUGAGGAAAUCAGAUGCAAAUAUGCAGAGAGGAAACAAGGUGUUUCGUAUGCUGAACAAUUUUUGCUUUAUUUUUAUGUUAAUUAUCAUCUUCUUUUUUUCCCCUUGAUGCGUUUUCUCUUCGGGUUCGCUCUUGCUCUUGUUCUCAACACAUACUUGUAUAAUC